UGUUUUCAGGUUGAUGCAUUGAUACUUUUUUAAACAUUGGAAUCGGCGAGCGGGCCACGCACCUGUAGUGUCGACGCGCGCCCGCGUCCAGGUGUCGGCGUGAGAGCAAUGCGAAUGUUGCGCAUGAGGCUUUCGCUGUGGAGGUCACACGUGCGCGCUUCCAUGCUGGCCCUCGUCGUGCUGGGCGCCCUGACAUGGCUCCUCCUCUACUCUUACGCCGGCAACGAGGCCCUGCUGAAGCUGCACCUGGAGCAGGGUGGGGUCGAGCUGAGAGAGCGGCUGCAGUAUGCCGAGAUGCUGCUGCAGAACCGACAGAAGCAGAUCCUCGGCUUGCAGCAGCGACUCAGCCUCAUGGUGGACGGCGGCAAGAGUAGCGUUGGCGACAAUAACACCAUCACGAUGGGCAACAUCACCUUAUCAGUCAUGCAAGGAUCUGAUCAGUUGGUGCUGCCUAGCAUCUACAGCCACCUGCCACACCUGCUGCAACACAAUGAAAGUCUCUUGCCCUCAUUUAGCUUGUCUCGUGGAAGGACCGGAGUAUCCCUGGUGAUCGGGAUACCGACCAUACAGCGGCAAGUGAAGAACUACCUCCUAGAGACACUGCAGUCACUCCUCGAUGCCAUGACAGCUGACGACAAGCAGACAACGCUCAUUAUCGUGUUCAUUGCCGAGUCAUCCCGUGACUAUAUAGAGGCUCAAGCUAAAGAAAUCACAUCAAGGUUUCAGCUUUUCGUGGACAAUGGCUUGAUAGAUAUCAUCGCUCCCUCUCCUGACUACUACCCAGAUUUCGCUACCUUAAAGCCAACACUCGGUGACCAAUCGGAGAGGUUUCGAUGGCGGACAAAGCAAAAUCUUGAUUUUGCUUAUCUCAUGAUGUACUCCCAGAGCAGGGGGACAUAUUAUCUACAGGUUGAAGACGACAUCGUAGCGAAGCCUCAAUUCACGUCGACCAUCAGGAAUUUUAUUGUCAGUCAGACAUCCAGUGAGUGGUUCAUGUUGGAAUUCUCUCAACUUGGUUUUAUAGGUAAGUUGUUCAAGACAAAGGAUUUGGGACAGCUGUCGGAAUUCCUACUGAUGUUUCACAUGGAUAAACCAGUUGACUGGCUUCUAGACCAUCUGCUCUACGUGCGCCUGUGCCUACCUGAUAAGGACAUGGGUCACUGUGUGCGCAUGAAAGCCAAGCAGAGAAUCCGGUAUAAGCCUUCUCUGUUUCAGCACGUGGGAACACACUCCUCUCUAAAGGGAAAAGUGCAAAAGUUGAAGGACAAGGACUUUGGUAAGGUUCCAUUGUUCCGGCCUCACACAAAUCCGUCGGCGAAAGUGUCCACGUCUCUAAAGGUGUAUAAGCAGCACACACUGGAGAAGGCAUAUGCUGGGCAGGACUACUUCUGGGCUCAUCUUCCACGAGACGGUGACUACGUGAGGUUUGACUUCACACCUUCCAUUGUGGUUGACAAGUACAUAUUCAGGACUGGCAAUACUGAACAUGCUGGGGACAUUUUUCUGGAUACCAGUGUUGAAGUAUUGCCUUUCAACAAAAUAGAAUCACUGAAACCAAAUCAGGAAAAGAACAGCAUCACCAAGGAUGGAUUUGUCAGGGUCGGUAGCUUCGUUCGUGGGCUGGCAAAUGGCACAGUACCUGUGACCCUGGGAAGCAUCUCAGCCCUGCGCUUGGUCGUUCACAAGCAGAGUCUGAACUGGGUUGUACUGAGUGAGAUAUCCAUACAGGCAUCAACGAAAAGCUAGCAGAGAGUACAAAGUGGCUGAGCAAAGCAUUAUACGACCAUCUCAUGUGAAAAGCUCUAGGUUAUGACAUCUAUGCCAUUCCCGUAGUUGCUUGGUAUAUGUAUGUGGCAUGCAGUCGGAUAGGACAUGGGCACAUAAACAGUACAACAUUUACUUUAAAAUGUGUACAUUUCACUUGGGAUGGACUGAAAACAGGCCGUUAAAAUUGCAAUCGAUCAGAAAGAUCAUCAAGAAAUCCGUUUCUUAAUGCAUGUUAUCUUGGAUACACGGGAUUAAUUCCGUAUCUGCCAUUAUAUAAAAAAUGCAGAGUAUUCAUGAAGAGUAUAUAUAUGCCUAUCUCUGCCAAUACUUGCACUGACGUGCAUUAUUGUCAUCAUUUAGUCUAAUAUGAAACAGUUGUGCCGAUAUAGCAUCUCUAAAUUGCACACCAUGUGUGGACUGCUUCUCUAUAUUUUAGCUGCAUCUGUCAAGCCUACCAAAUUAUAUCUCUGUGAUUCAUGUUAAUUCUAACUAGUACCUGAUCAUGAAACAUUAAAACCAUCCAGUUUAAUGUCUUUUCGUAUAGGAGGUAGUAAUUGCUAGCGGGUGGUCAUGCCAUCCAGUACAGUUCCAAUCUAUUCAUUCCACCAGUAGUUCCAAGAGCAUGUUUUUGUUGCAUGAUGAUAAAAUCGUUUUUUCUAGAUGAGGGAUGACUCGGAGAUGACUAGUAUCGCAACUUGGGUGAAAAUUAGGAGUCAUGGACUUACCUUAUGUUACAGGGGAUAAUCAUAGUCGUUAUUGUAUUAUAUGCAUUCUUUAUUAUAUUAUGAAGUCGAUAUUCUCUAACUGCAUAGUUUUUAUCACAUAAUUUUAUACUCGAGUCAAGUAGUCAAUCAAUUAAAAGAUGCCAAAAUACUGUAGAUGCAGGGACUCAACUGUGCGAAAUUAAAUUACUACGAAUUUUGUUAAGACCUAUAGCGCAUUUAACUGUAAGAUGUAGUUUGAUAAGUCAUUGUCAGUAAUUCUAUCAUGAACAAAGGCAUAGUGAUAUGCUAUACAUAUGUUCAUUAUUAUACUUACGUACUACAUUGUAAGCAUCUCUCACUUAGUACCUAACUGGUGUUUGGAUUUUUGGACACAACUAUUUACAGGCGCACGUUUAGACGUAAGAAUUUUAAAUAUUAUCGCCUGUUAAUUAUAACUCAUGGAACCUUCUCCAGUUCUCGUUGUUCCAGAGAGUAAUAUAACCGGUGUAGGACGUUGGAUCAUAUAAAUAGUUAUGUUAAUACGGGAUAUCGUGAUGAAAUUUGUACGUGCGAGAGAAAGUGGAUGCUGUAAAUUAGUGUACAGGAUUUUGUGGUGGACGACGGAGUGUAUUCGAUUUCGAAGCAGUUUGGCCGUCGGUUCAAAACAUCGUGAACGUCAUCACUGUCAGUAUUUAUUUCCAUGAACUGAAGAAACUGUCAAUCGUGUAUUUGCUUAUAAAAUUCCGAGGUUGCGAAAGCAAGCUCUAUAAACUGUCUCUAAUAAGUGCAAUAUCUUAGCAUGGCCUAGUAUUCAUUAUGUGUAUUGACUUGCGUGCCUGCGUGCGUGAGUGAGUGCGUGCGUGCGUCUAUGUGCGGGCAUGCUUGUCUAUUAGUAUAUGAUUAUGGUUAUGUAUAGGUUUAAGUACGAGCAUAUGUGUAUCUGAAAUUUUAUAUAUAUACCUUCAAUACUUGUUUUGUAUGUCAUAAAUAAAUUAUAUAUAAAGUCUGUUACCCUGAAUAUAAAGAUCCAUUAUAUGAUAUAUGAAGUCAUACGAUUGUGAUAAGUUGUGUUGAGGUGUAUGUAAACAUGUAGGCGUUUGUUAUGAUUCUGUGGUCACCGAAUUACUUGUAUGCUAGCAUUAAUUAUAAACCCAUGCGUCAUGUCAUGUAAUAUUUAAUCAACCGUUACCUCAGCUAUUUGGAAAAAGAGCCUACCAACAUUGGUUUGCUAUUUAGUUAUAAACGUAGAUGCGCGUAUACAGCAAAUAAACGCAAACCCGGUUGUUCGAUUAUCCUGUAUUGUAAUUGCAAUAAAGUCUAAACUAGAAGCUUGGCGUGCGGAAAAAUGCAUGACGUUGCAUGGCUUCACCGAUUGUGGGUGCUGGUCACGUAGUUAAGAACAUUGAUCACGCGUAGAAGUCCAAUUUUAUCUAAUUUUAAUUACCCAAUUAUUGUUUCGUAACGCCUAAUACGCGCGCAGUUUGUGGCAUUUAUUAGUCGCAUAGAGUAGAUGAACUUUAGCUAGCUAGCUGAACUAGUACCACUCUUAAUUAAUUCUUCCAACCUACGGCUCGUUGUAGUUGUUAGCAAACGCGCGUAUUUAUUCUUGAGCGUUAACGUGUCUAGAUCACGGCUCGUAAUCUUGCCAUGGCCACGCCUUGUCAAUGUUGUAGCUGCCUGUCCCUGAGCUGUACCGCAAAGGUCCUAAUUGAGCAGCUAAUUAAAACGUUAAUUCAGUUGCUGCGUUGCUUAAUUAGUAUCGCCGUGUGUUACCUGCAACCAUGCCUGCUGCGUCAAUGCGUGGGAGGCAUCCGUAGACAUCGUCUAUGGCAUAAUACAUAGAUGCAUAGAUAAGUAUUACUAUGUAUUAUUGGAUAUCUAUAUAACUACCCUUUCCUCGUUGGCACCGUGCCAAUUAUUGCGAGCUUCGUUUCUACUAUCCCCUCGCCAGCCAUUUUCUUUCCUUCCACCUACCUGCCGUCUUCCCGUUUCUCCCCCCCCCCCGUCUGUCUUCCUCACUCGCUUCCUUCCGUUCCCCGUCGCUAUACAUUUCCGUAUACGUACGUUUCAUUCUAACUGUUUUGCGUUAAUAAAAAGUUAUCCUUACCUGUAA